GUUUUCAUCCUCCCUCUUUUCCCAUCCCAAUCCAUCUCGCUCCUCCUCGGUUUGGUGCUAGUGCGAUCCCCGCCGAUCCGCUCGCGAGUUGAGGCAAGGGAGAGGGAGGGGGGCGGGGCGGAGCGAUGGCGUCGUCGCAGGCGAACCUCGACAAGAUGCAGCUCCGGCAGAGCUACCGCAACCUCUGGCACACCGACCUCAUGAGCACCAUCCAGGCCGACUUCCCAUAUUGCUGCCUCGCGCUCUGGUGUGGACCAUGUGUGUCCUACAUGCUUCGCAAAAGGGCUCUCUAUAAUGACAUGUCAAGAUAUGUCUGCUGUGCUGGGUACAUGCCAUGCAGUGGGAGAUGUGGUGAAAGCCGAUGCCCAGAAUUCUGUCUUGCAACUGAGGUGUUUCUGUGCUUUGGUAAUUCAGUUGCUUCAACCCGCUUCUUGCUGCAAGAUGAAUUCAACAUACAGACAACUCAAUGUGAUAACUGCAUCAUUGGCUUCAUGUUCUGCCUUCAACAAAUUGCUUGUAUCUUCUCCAUAGUUGCCGCUAUUGUUGGUAGUGAGGAGCUUUCAGAGGCUUCCCAAAUUCUUUCUUGCAUGUCUGAUAUGGUCUACUGCUCAGUUUGCGCCUGUAUGCAGACCCAACACAAAAUUGAAAUGGACAAGAGAGAUGGCAAGUUCGGCCCACGGCCCAUGGCAGUGCCUCCAAUGCAGCAAAUGUCACGCAUCGAUCAGCCUAUUCCACCUCCUGUUGGGUAUGCGCCACAACAGCCAGCAUACGGGCAGCCUUAUGGUGGCUAUCCUCCUGCCCAAGGUUACCCACCAGCAGGUUACCCCCAGGCCCAGGGUAGUGCUUACCCUCCACCUGGUUCCUACCCUCCACAAGGUGGAGGUUACUAUGGCAAGUAAAGGAAGUGCAGAAAUUGGAGAGAUGCCGAUGUAUAAUCGAUCUCUGUGACUGGUCUGGGUGGUGGUAAACUGCGACAAAUCUGGAUUCCUCCGCGCCCGGGGGGGGGGGGGGGGGGGGGGGGGGUGGGGGUGUAUACUGUGGACUAUAUUGGAGGAUUCGCCAUUAGAAAUUAUUAUCAGCUCUCCAUUGUUUGAUCAUUCUGUUUGAGUACGUUCUUCUCUGAAUAAAGGAUCGGCUGUGACGUAUCAACUCAGAAUUUGGAAUUUUCGUCUCAUUUGAUCAUUGAUGUGAUAGCAUUGUCUGUGCAGACUAUUGCUUUUCUACAACGAACAAACAAGAACUGGAGUUGAAUGAGACUCGUAUUAUGUCUGAAUAAUACGUCUCUGACUGACCCUACUGCAUCGGAGUUUAUUUUUUCACCUGAACUUUUUACUUAAG